CAAAUUGAAGGGCAAAUUCGUCAUUUAGGCAAACAACUAGAACCAUCAUCCUCUUUCUGAGGUUCUUGUUGUUAUCAGACAGGAAGAUUCAUGGGUUUCCUUGUAGCUGCCAUGAACUUUUCUCCUACCUUGAUGCAUCACCAUAUGAAAUCGAAGCAUCAUUGUCAAAAUGAAAAGCUUCUUCAGGGCCAAACAUCAUCUUUGUUUGAUCGUCGUGGUUUCUUGAAAUGUGUUGUUGGUGCUUCUUCGUUUAUGGCCGCAUUUGAGUUUUCUGGAUUACAAGCUCAGGCGGCAGAGGAAAAGUUAGAAGAAGGAGAAGGAGUUGUUGGUGCUUUCAAGACUUUGUUUGAUCCUAAUGAGAGAACAAAGUCUGGCAAAGAGUUACCAAAAGCUUACCUGAAAUCUGCAAGAGAGGUUGUCAAAACCAUGAGAGAGUCAUUGAAAGAGAACCCUAAAGACAAUGCUAAGUUUAGAAGAAGUGCUGAUGCUGCUAAAGAAUCCAUUCGUGAUUAUCUGAGCAAUUGGAGAGGACAAAAGACUGUUGCUGGAGAAGAAUCAUACGUGGAGCUGGAGAAUGUAAUCCGAGCUUUGGCGAAAUUUUACUCAAAGGCUGGUCCUUCUGCACCACUUCCUGAUGAGGUUAAGACUCAGAUUUUGGAUGAUCUUAACAAGGCUGAAGAGUUCUUGUGACAUUUUUGCUGUAACAUGUUUCACUCAUGUUAUAUAUAAUAUAUAUGAAAGUAUUGGAAUUUGAAAGCUAUUGAAGAA